AUGUUCUUAUCACGGACAAAUUAAAUUAAAAGCUGUAGCUGUCAGGAAACAGCUAGUAUAUAUCUCCACAAGAAGUUACUCAAGCAAGCAAGGAGAAAGAAAGGAAAAGGGACAAAACAGAAAGGAAUGAGCUACCAGAGCGAUCCCUACCCUCCACCAGGGUAUCCUCAUGGUUAUCCACCCCAGCCUCCACCAGGGUACCAGGGCUACUUCCAUGAGCAACAGGGCCCUUACUACCCGCCGUCGAGUGGGGAAUAUGACCACGACCGCCAUGAAGAGGAGGACAGCUGCUGCGGCUGCUCUGGGUUCCUCAAAGGAUGUUUGGCUGCUCUUUGCUGCUGCUGCGUGCUGGAGGAAUGCUGCGGCUUCUUCUGAGAUGCUAGAUGCCUGCCAUCCGAUUGCAAGCUACUGCUUCUAGCAUAGCAUUCUGGAGCAUCUGAAUAAUGAGAUAUCAAUUCUUCAUGUAAACCGAUGUGACAAUCGGAGAGUGUUAAUGGCUUUCAGCCUACUAUUACAACUGGACAGCGUUUUUCUCGCGUAUAUGGUUGAUCAGAAAAUAAAGGUUUUUAUCCAUGCUUUGGACGCCA